GGGAGACCAGAUACAGUGAAUGCAGGGUCCUGGGAGACCAGAUACAGUGAAUGCAGGGUCCGGGGAGAGUGGAUAUAGUGAGUGCAGGGUCCGGGGAGAGCGGAUAUAGUGAAUGCAGGGUCCGGGGAGACCGGAUAUAGUGAAUGCGGGGUCCGGGGAGACCGGAUAUAGUGAAUGCAGGGUCCGGGGAGACCGGAUAUAGUGAAUGCAGGGUCCGGGGAGAGCGGAUAUAGGGAAUGCGGGUCCGGGGAGAGCGGAUAUAGUGAAUGCGGGGUCCGGGGGAGACCGGAUAUAGGGAAUGCGGGGUCCGGGGAGACCGGAUAUAGGGAAUGCGGGGGUCCGGGGAGACCGGAUAUAGUGAAUGCGGGGUCCGGGGAGACCGGAUAUAGUGAAUGCGGGGUCCGGGGAGACCGGAUAUAGUGAAUGCGGGGUCCGGGGAGACCGGAUAUAGUGAAUGCGGGGUCCGGGGGGAGAACCGAUACAGUGAAUGCGGGGUCCGGGGAGACCAGAUACAGUGAAUGCAGGGUCCUUGG